GCCGCCCAGCUCCGCGGAAGCUGCCGGCGCCGCCAUGGUGGAGGCCUGGUAUAUGGAUGAGUCCCAGGAGGACCAGCGGGCUCCCCACAGGCUGGAGCCCAACCGCGCCGUCAGCCUGGAGCACCUGCGCCGCCUCGGCGUCGCCUACCGCAGAUUGGAUGCUGAUAACUAUGAGACUGACCCACGUCUGAAAGAGAUUCGGGAAGCAGAAAAUUAUUCUUGGAUGGAUAUAAUAACUAUACAUAAAGACAAGUUGCCAAAUUACGAAGAAAAGAUAAAAACAUUUUAUGAAGAGCAUUUACAUCUAGACGAUGAAAUUCGUUACAUCUUAGAUGGAUCUGGCUAUUUUGAUGUUCGAGACAAAGAUGACAAAUGGAUCCGGAUUUCCAUGGAGAAAGGAGACAUGAUAACCCUCCCUGCUGGCAUAUAUCACCGAUUUACACUGGAUGAGAAUAACUACGUGAAAGCAAUGAGACUUUUUGUUGGAGAACCAGUCUGGACAGCAUACAACAGACCAGCUGAUGAUUUUCCUGCUCGGAAACAGUAUAUGAAGUUUUUGGCCGAAGAAGCACAGUAAUGAUGUCUGAGACCUGACAGGUGGAAUAGCCUGAAGCCAAGUAGAAUAAAUGUGAUUGGUGUUCUUUCAA